UACCUCCCUCCCCCACCUUCCUGUAAUCGUUUAGAAACCAAUCCCGAGUCCGACUCCUGACCCAUACAACUCAUCCAUCAGCUUCUUUUUGGGUCGUCUGUGUUCUUUAAUCAAGUUUAUAGAAAAUCAACCUGGGUAAAUAGGCCUAAUAACUGCGAGGAAGAUGGAAGACCCGGUCAAAGAACUUCCUGAGGUCGUUCGAAAGAUCACUGAGCCAUAUGCGGCCACCGAGAUCGUCCACAACGUCGACAAGUAUUUCACUGACGAUGCGUACUUGCUCUAUCCGAUGAUCAACCAACCACAUACCAAGAAUGGGAAAAGUAGUCUGAAGGGUAUCUACAAAUUAUUGUUGAGUGGAUCGGACGCUGGUUCCUCUAGCUCGUUCUGUAACCACUGGUGUGCAAAUAGGAAUAAGAAACUGAUAGAAUAUUUGAAUAAUCUAUCAUGUUCCUCUAGCCGAGUGUUGACGAUCAACAACCAGAUCGAGUUCCAUGCGGUGAUGUUCAGCGAGGACAAGCUCAAGGCAACGAUUGAGUUAAGCGAGACCCUCCAGGGCAGGUUCAUUCCCGUCUGGUUUAAACUCAGGUUCCUCAGCAGGGUCGAUUUACGCCAAGAGGCCGACGGGAAGUAUAGGAUUUGCAAACAAGAGGAUAACUAUCCCAACGAUUUAAAAAGGGCCGGUCUCGAGAUAAUUCCUGGCCUGGCCACCGCACUAGCCGUCUUGAAGCUCGUCCUCGCCCUCGUCUCGGCUCUCGUCGGGAACUUUUACUUGGAUCGUGGCUUGUUUGGACCUUGA